AUGUGGAACAGCUCUCGGUACAUCUUCUGUUUUUCUUUGCUCCUCUGUGGGCUCUUUGGAGAAUGCUUUGGAAUGGCACUUUUGCCCAAGGACAAGCGUGGCUGGACUCUGAACAGCGCUGGCUACCUGCUGGGACACCCCCUUCUUCCCUUCUACUCUCCUCUUCCCAAAGCAGAUGCCCACCAGACACUGUCUGACAAAGGAAUCCUGGGGGGUAAACGGGAUGCUUUGGAGAAUUUCUAUUCUCAAGGACAGGAUUCUUUCGCACAACCUAUGCACCCCUCAGAUGAAGCCAACUUCCAAACUUUGAUGGAUUUUCUCUCUUAUCUGAACCUCCAAGAUCAAAGGGCUGUUUCUCACCAGCCAGAAGAGUCUCUGUAACAGUAGUGGGUUGGGUCUUCAACCCUGGGCCCUUCCGAGCGGCUUGCUAGGAUUAUAGUUACCCUCCCUAUCUUUCUCACACAUUCAAUUUAGUGAUAUUCCUGUUGUACCAAGACAGUAUAUUCUCCUGCCAUGCACUAUAUUCAACCAUUUAAGAACAUGCUGUGGAUAAUGUCCACCUCUCCACUUAGCAGAACAUCUCACCCUAAGAAACCCUAGAUGUGUCUCUCGCUGGAACAAAGUCUUUCAUUCCUACCCCUGGCUCAGCCUGCAAAAAUUAUUUUUGGGAGGCAUAGUCCAAAAAAGUACAAUUCCAAACUCUGCUCCACGUUCUCACGUGCAUCCUUAGGAACAAUCUUUUCCCUUGCUUUCAGCUUGAGGAUUUACACAGCAGUUGAUGAUGUUAUUCAUCAUCCCCCGUUCUUAUUACAUACUUUCAUGUCACCAUGGACCUGUGGACAGAUAGCUGCAUGUUCUGAUUUCUGGAAAGGAGGACGUGAGCAUGAACAAGAGGGGAUGGGUGUGUUCGGCUACGAGCACAUGACAGCUGGUACAAGGGAUGCUCCUUCGCACUCUCAUGCCCUACUAUAGGACUAGGAAAAUGCAGCUCAGCCUACAAAGGGAUGUUGUGGGUACCACAAGGGAAUAGCAGACAAGCCACCAAUCCUGACAGACUUGCCACUUUACUAAACAUACCUCUGAACCUUUCUGGAGCAGUGAUACCUCAGCAGUAAUUCACAUGCUUUACAUGCAGAAAGCAUCAAUUUUAAUCCCUCCAGCAUCUCCAUUAAAAGGGUCGGGCAGCUGGUGACAGGAAUGACCUUUACUUGAGAUCUUGGAGAGUUGUUGCUAGUAAGAGCUAGGCUAGUCUAAGAUGGCCUGGACAGAAAGAAGAGCUAGGCUAGGCUGGCUUGGACAGAUAGAAAUUCCAACCUGACUUAAGGCAGCUUCUUAAUAAUCCUGAAGUUUACAGCCAUUUGAUUAAUCUCUCCCCCCCCCUCUCUCUCACACACACACA